UGCACCAAUAUUAUCUACCUUCGUCUCUCUCACACGCUACAACCACUGGUGUUUUUCUCACUUAACUUAUCUCUCAUCAAACAUAACCUGUCAAAAUGGACUCCGGUGGUUUUCCGGUGGUGGUGAGGCGGAGCGAGGUGGUGGCUGCGGUGUUGCCGGUGCAGGAGCACUGGCUGCCCAUGUCCAAUCUGGACUUGCUCCUCCCACCCCUUGACUUCGCAAUUUUCUUCUGCUACAACAAAAUCACCGAGUCGCCGGAAAAUGCGGUGGCGGUGCUCAAGAAGGCCCUGGCUCAGGCUCUGGUAUCCUUCUACCCGUUCGCCGGAGAACUCGUGCAAAACCGCCACGGCGAGCCGGAGAUGCUCUGCAACAACCGUGGGGUGGAUUUUACAGUGGCUUAUGCUGAUGUAGAGCUGAAAGACGUCGAUCUUUAUCGACCAGAUGUAUCUGUACAUGGGAAACUUGUUCCUGUUAAGAUGCAUGGCGUGCUCUCGAUUCAGGCGACGGAGCUGAAAUGCGGCGGACUAUUCAUCGGAUGCACUUUCGACCACCGCGUGGCGGACGCCUACUCCGCCGACAUGUUUCUCACUGCGUGGGCGGAGAUCGCUCGAGCAAAGCCCAUCACGCGUCUCCCCUCCUUCCGCCGCUCCCUCUUCAACCCCCGCCGCCCUCCACAACCACAUAAAUCCAUCGACAGACUCUACGCGCCGCUAUUGUCUAUGCCACCGACUCCUUCCGCCGAUGAUGACGACCACCUGACUAGCCGAAUCUACUGCGUGAAAUCCGAUGAAAUCGAUCGCCUCCAGUCCCAGGCCAGUUACAACGGCACCAAGAGAAGCAAAAUCGAGUCCUUCAGUGCAUUUCUCUGGAAAUCCUUAGCCGCCGCCUGCGAUGAUCGCUCCAAGGCCGUAAAAUUAGGCAUCGUAGUUGACGGAAGAACGAGGCUAAGCGGCAGAACGACGUCGUUGGACUGCUAUUUCGGGAACGUCCUCUCGAUACCGUACGUGGAAGCGAGUGUAGGUGAGCUCCAAACGACGUCGCUCACGGGGGUGGCGGAUAUGGUGCAUGAAUGCGUAGCGAUGGCGUCCACGGCGGAGCAUUUCCUAGCGUUGAUAGACUGGGUGGAGGUGCUGAGGCCGAAGCCGGCGGUGGUGAAGGUGUACUGCAAAGAUGAAAACGACGAGGCGGCCGUGGUGGUGUCUUCGGGUCAAAGGUUUCCGGUGCAGGAAGUAGAUUUCGGGUGGGGUAGACCGGAAUUCGGGUCGUACCAUUUCCCGUGGGGAGGGGAAACCGGGUACGUGAUGCCAAUGCCGAGCGCAAGCGGGAAUGGGAAUUGGAUCGUCUACGUGCAUCUAAAGAAAAAGCACCUAGACUUGGUUGAGGCACGUGCUCCUCACGUGUUCAGGCCCUUCAAUUGUGAGUAUCUGAAUCUUGAUUGAUUAUGAUAUUUUAUUGUAAAUUCGUGUUACAAACGCA